AUGCUGACGAAAUUUACGGACACCCCUGGGAACGAUGCGAUGGUGCUCCGGACGGACGAUGACGUUGUGUGCGGAGUCGUCCUUAUCAGCGCUGCACAAAAAAAGAUGGAUCAGGCAUGGGGAGAGUGUCUCCUGUUGGACUGGAUGCACCAUACCAAUAAUUUGGGCUUUCAUCUUGGUAUGUACUGUAUAUAUUCCGAUCUUAUGGUGACAGCAGCGAAUGGUAAAGGGGUCUCCGUGUGCGAGAUGCUGGUACAUAACCAGUGGAAACAGACCAUGCUGGCAUGUUUGCAGUUCUUUCAAGAA